ACGCCGCGCCCCCAUCGGGCUCGGUGAUUGGGCGGCGGUCGCUCUGGCGAUGGCUGAAGGCGGAAGUGCUGGUACACGCGGGCGAGAGGGUGCGAGCCAGUGGACCAGUCGCCCGACAACCCGCUGCUCCCGACUGCUGCUAUGUCUCAGGCCGAGUUUGAUAAAGCUGCUGAAGAAGUUAAGCAACUGAAAUCUCAACCAACAGAUGAAGAAAUGCUGUACAUCUACAGUCACUUCAAACAAGCUACAGUUGGAGAUAUAAACACAGAGCGCCCUGGCUUUCUUGACUUCAAAGGCAAAGCAAAGUGGGAUGCCUGGAAUGCAUUAAAAGGAAUGGCCAAAGAAGAGGCAAUGAAAGCUUACAUAGCGAAAGUGGAAGAAUUAAAGGGCAAAUAUGGCAUCUAAGAAUUGCAUCCAUUCGUCACUUGCACACCUGAAAUAUGCCUUAUUUCUUAAUACUAGGGAUAACUGAUUAAUACUGGAGGUGACUGGAGUGUAUACUGUACUGCAGUUUGAGUUCUGCAAUUCAGAUUAAAGUGCUGUCUAAUUGUUUAAAUUCAAUCACUUGUAAAUUACACCUAAUGAAUUAAAGUACACUUGUUAUCA